AUUCUCGUCCGUUCUUCAUGACGUCAUUAUUGAGCGCCGCAUUCCUUCAUUCUGUCACGUUUGCUGUCCAAUAUUAAUCUCUCUGAGGCUUUUGUCUCACCGACAGCGAGCUGAAAGCCCACCGGUUGUGUUUUCGGUGAUUACCCCGUGAAGUGUAAGCUGGACCUGAGCAUGGAGUCCGUGGAAUCCGCGGAGGAGAAGACGGGCUCCAUGUCUGCGGCUCAGCUCAGAGCGGAGAGAAGGAGGAGGAAACUGCUGCUGACCUCGGAGGACAGGAUGAACAGGAUCGUGGGCUUCGCCAAAAACGACCCCAACAACAGUGGAGCCUCCCAGCAUCCCACAGAACCCCACUUCCAUCUUGAUCUCGACAGAACAGAGCCGUGGUCUUCGUCUUCGCCUUCCUCAAGACCUUCUCCCUUCCUGUCUGAGACUCCAGGUGCCCGCUCCCACACUGCCACCCCAGAGAAGAGGGGCUCGCCUCUUCCAGACUUCAGUGAGCUUCGCAGAGCGUCUCUGGAAGACGACAUUGGAGGAGGUCUCCGACAAAGAGCAAAGGGUGAGCGGGCGGCAUCAGAUGAGGUCAGCAGUUCUCCACGCCGAGGCCUCCACCAGUACUUGUCUCGCUUCGAUGACGCUAUGAAACUUAGGAGUCAGCUGGCCAAUGAGAAGCCGGCUCAGGAGGAAGGUUCUGAUAUAGAGGAGUUUGAUCCAUUUAGGGUGUUUAGGCUUGUCGGCAGCGUCCUCCUCGCUGUUUUCGUCAGGGUUUUCGUCUGCAAGUAUCUGUCAAUAUUUGCUCCAUUUCUGACCCUUGAAUUGGCCUACAUGGGAUUGUCAAAAUACUUUCCAAAGGUAGAGAAGAAGAUCAAAACCACUGUGCUAACCGCUGCCCUGCUGCUGUCCGGCAUCCCUGCCGAAGUCAUCAACCGCUCCAUGGACACCUACAGGAGGAUGGGCGACGUCUUCUCCGAUCUCUGUGUUUAUUUCUUCACCUUCAUCAUCUCUCAUGAGAUCUUGUCGCUCUUCGGCUCAGAGACUCCCUGACAGAACCCCGGCGCAGCUUCUUCUUGCCCCUCUCGCUUGUCCCCCUCAUACCAACAUGGCAUACUCGGUUGCGCCCUCGUGUUUUUUUUUCUCUGUUGUUUACAUUGUUAUGAUCAGGGCUGCACUCCUCCUAGAUGAGCUCUUCAGGUUUUAAUGUAAUCAGAGUCCAGCGUAGAUACCAGACCUGCAUGUUGAUUUUACUGCUUACAGAAAAAGCUCAGGAAGAGGUGGGACAUUUUUUGUUUCAUGACUGGGUCCAUCUUUGUGGUUAUUAAAAUAGGCAUAGCACUAAUAUAAAACUGCACACUGGAAAGCCACAGAUUCCAGUUGACCCCUGAAAAUGAAAAGGAGAAUAAGUAUUCAACCUAGGUUCAGUUGUAAAGAAAUCUUCAAAUCUUCUAUGUUUACUAAAAAAUAAAUUGCCAGGUCGCAAACUGACUUGCUGUCUGUUACAAGUCAAGCUAAACCAGUAAUGAUUGUAGAGAAAUGGUGUGAAGUGGGCUUUUGUUUUUUCUCCUCAGCUGACAAUCACAUGAAGUAUCCGUUUGCUCCGAGUUAUUUUACAGCCUUUAUAAGCUGCAGAGUUUCAAACAAAACUUUAUUUUAGUUUUAGCCGAAAUUACAACAAGCAAACUGUGACAACAUGAGCAUCUUAUUUUUAAAGGACUUGCACUGCUUUCUGUUGAUAAUGCAAACUUUACAUCGGUUGCUGGGUUAACCUAAAAUAGAAAAACAUGCAGAUUCUACGUUGUUGAUGAAUAUUUCAAUAACGGUUUGGGUUGAAAGUACCGGUUUGGUUUCCAUCGUCAUGAUGUCCACAAAACUCCGUGUGAACAUCAGGGGCAGCAAAGGUCCUUCCAGCUGGUUGAUUGAGAUAUUGCCUGCACCCAUAAUGCAAUGACCACAGCAAUUUGAAAUAUUGUGGUUGGGAUCAUUAGAUGUUGGAAACAAACAGCUGUUGGUUCAACAAAUACAAUUCAUUCUGCAGAAGGUUGGCAGGUGAUUGGUUCCAUUUUCGUCAAACUCUUCUAAUUAUUUACAGUCAGCAACAAGCUUCAGUCUGUAGACCAGAAAUUCCCAGUUUUUUGACCAACCUUUGGAGCUUCGAACAGCUUUCUUGAACGUCCAUCAUAGCCUCAAGUCUUCUGAUGUCUCAGUUUCCUUCCCUGUAUUUAGUUCCAUCCAUCUUCCCAUCAACUCUGACCAGCUUCUCUGUCCCUGCUGUAAAAUGGCAUCCCCACAGCAAGAUGCUGCGACCACCAUGUUGAAGCAUAGUAUGGUGUGGUCAUUGUGAUGUGCAGCGUUAGUUUUCCCUUACAUAUAUCCCAUAUGGCUUGUGGUGGGUUUCUUUCAGUAAUGCCACUCCUCCAUAGUGACCAGAUUUGCAGAAUAGACCCCUAAUAGUUAUCCUGUUAUUUGUCCAAAAGCCUCGAAAUGAUCAGAACCUGCUCUGUAAUGAUUUGAUUGACUUGGUCAUAAUUGUUCUUUUUACAAAGAAUCAUAGGGAUACAGCAAAUUUUGAAGGUUUAAAUUACUUUUCAAAUUUAGAUAAAUGUAUUCCUUUGAGCUUUGUUCUAAGAUUGAUUUUGAACAUUUUGAUUCUGUGGAUGUGUUCUGGGCCAGAGCAGGAAAGAGAUGUUUACCAGUGGGGGCACCUGAAAGAGAAAAGAAAAGUGGGAACGUGACUGGAGGGGUUUGCUGGUCAUUUUGCCCCUUGCCUUUGGCCUUUCCGGACCCGACUUGUUUGGGGAGGUUUCGUGGCGUUUUAACAACCGAGAAUUGAAAGUAUUCUUCUGGAAUCUACUCCUGUGCUGAUGUUAAAAACAAAUGUGACGGUAAAUAUUAUCUAUCAGCAGGAGGCUGUUCAGAGUUAUUUUAGUUUACUUAGAGCACACUAAACACAAAAAGGGAUCAGAACCAUAACCAGUAGAAAUAGGGUAUAAUAUAGUCUUCAGAAAACAUUAUACUAUUGCUUUAAAGGAGAAAUUCUACCAUUUUUAUGAUUAACCAUCUCCACAAUUAGUUAAUAUACUUGACUACCAAGGGAAAUAGACUGAUAUGGGGUGGUUAAGGACAUAGAUAUGAAAUGGUUUGUUCGUGGGACCCAUACAGAAACCAUGUCGUCCCAUUCCUCAAAUGAAGCUGGGUUACAGACUGGCGAAGCGGCCGGUUGACUUGGAGCCGAGUGCAAUUGCUUAUCACUAGUUUCGACAAUAUAAACGAUGGAGAAAUGUGUCAUUUUUUAACAAUUUUUGGGAUCCGUUAGAGCGUCAGGGAGGCGAAUGAGCUCAAGAACUUUAAACAGUCUUAAUGUUUUACAUGGAGGUAGUAAAGAAUGUGGAAGAAAUGAAGGAAAUGACAUCUCUGUGUUCUAGGAUACUUCUGUAGUUGUUUACCUUAGAUAAUCGUCUCUCCCUCCUGUAGAUGAAGCCAUUUAAAAGGACGUCUGUUUAAUAACUGCUGAAUGUGAAUUGUGUGCUUUUCUAGCAUCCACAGAAGUGGGCCACCUGCAUUAAGAACAAUUUGUUGUUUUUCUCCAAGUCUGAAGAAGCAUUUAGUCGUGGAACUUGUUAUAAUUAAAGUUAGUAUUGCAUCGGGUGUCUGUGAGCUUAAAGCUGCUGUGCAUUUCAUGUGGGAUGGGGAUGAGCCAGUUUACUGGUGUUAGAUAAUCCUUCCUUCAAGCCUUACAGUGUUUCUUCUGGUGUCAUGUUCCUGCUUCUUCUAACUUAAUCCUAAAUGAAUAUUUUAAUGUUAUCUUUUUUCCAUGUAAAUGAAUUGGUGUGAUUUAUUCUACAGCUUGUCUGCUCUGUUUGAGUUUUUUUUUUUGUGGAUAAAUUGACUUAAAAGCUGUUUUUAAUGGCUGUCGUGUCGCUAAGAUAGUUUUAAGGCGAUGUUUCAAGCUGAGCAGUUCGUACCAAAUAAACGGCACCUUGUGUGACUUA